AUGUCUGCUGAUGAUGGUUGCGGGAUGAGUCUAACCAGCUUUGCUUAUGGGAUUGCAUCGGAGCUCGUCAGAACCAGCGGUGGUGGUGUUGUGGCCGGUCUGGCCACUGCGGUCGCUGGGUUGCGUCUGGUGACCGCCGAUGGCGGCGCCUACGGAGGCGGCAACGGCAGGACCCAGACGGAACAAGAGCGCUACCAGGCCUGGGAGAAGGGCAGCAUGGACUACAUGGGCACGGACUCGUUUGCCAACAUCCAAGCGAAGCUGGACGCUGCAGUCUCUGCCCCAAAGCCUGAGAAACUGAAACAAAGCAGCAGCACUACAACGGAAGAGAUCUGAUGUGUUUGAAAAAACCGGGACUUUGCGCGGGUUGCUGUUCGUGUUCCUCAAAGAAAGAAGAAAAAAACGCCGAAACUUCUCCUCCUCCUUUUCAGCACGUGGUGUUGUGAAACUUUUUUUUUUCUCUCGCUAUUUCGAGUUGUUCUUCGAUCGAUCGGUCGAAAGAUGCUAUUUUUUAAUUUUACCUGUGCCUUGUACAUAUCGUG